AUGGACAGUGUAUUGCUGUAUUGGGAUGAUAUGCUUCUGAUGGUGGGCCCUUAUGGAGAUCUAGUUCGCUAUCUUUAUGAUGAACCCAUUAUCCUUAUCCUAGAGUGUGAUGGAGCUAGGAUAUUGACUAAAUUAAACAUGGAGUUUCUUCAACGGGUCCCAUCUUCUACUGAAUCUAUCUUUAAGAUUGGGAGUACAGAACCAACAUAUUUAUUGUAUGAUGCUUUGGAUCAUUUUUACAGGAGGAAUGCAAAGGUUUGUGCUCUACAUUUUAAUGCUAUAAUUUAUACUUUUGGCAGAUUCUUGCUACAGCUGUUGAAAGGUCUAAGAACCAGUCGAUUGCUUGAGUACCAAGAAAUUCCAAGAUUAACCCUUACAUUAUUUCCAAUUUUCAAUCUAUCCCCUUUUCCACAUAAUCCACCCCCUGCAUCUGUUGCAAAUCCAUUUCAUUUCACUGAUGUUGGGGAUGGUGAUGAUCCUGUUAAGAUAUUGAAAGAUGGGAUAUUAUCCGUACCACCCCAGAAGAAGUCAAAGACAUUAGAAGCUUUGAUUUUGAUAAAGACAAGUUUACUGUCAGUAUCAAAAGUGAUGAUUUUCUUAUCAUCUUAUCAUCUUAUCGCCUCUCACAUUGUGAGGGUUCAUCAAAAGCAUGAAAAUGAUGUUGCUCCUGCCUUCACCACUGCACAACUCAAGUGUUACAUUCAAGUUGCCAAGUCUAAAAAGCCAAAGCUAAGUGCAGAAACAAGAAAAUCUUUUGUUGAUUCUUAUGUUGCUCUUCCUAAAGGAGAUACAGCUCCAGGAAGUAGAGUGGCAUAUAGCAUGACAGUUAGAUAG